AUGCUGGUUAGAUGCAAAGACACCAGAAAGACAACAGAGCCUGCUGCCAGUAAUGAAAGUGCUGCAACAGUUCCGUUUCAGGUUGAAGAAGUGGACUACCAACUACCAUUGGUUGAACAAAACCUUAUGAGGGCCAAUGCCAUCACGUAUGUGACAGGUUAUUUGUUGAGGAAAUGUCUGCAGAAGCACAAUUGCCAGGUGUGCUCCAAAGUCCUCAGUAAUCAGAACGAACUUGACAGUUCCGAUAAACUUUUUUGUUAUUUCAAAGCAUAUGACAACAAAAAAGGCCUAUAUGGUGGACUUACAGUCCCCACAACCAGUCUUGUUCAAUAUGUAACCAAUGUAGAAGACCAAUUUAUAAAAGCAUUUCCAAACAAGAUGUCCCAAACUGGUAUCGGAAAAAGCCUGGUUGAUGCUCUACCAAAACUCCAGGUGUCAGAGU